GCACUUUAAAGUAUUUUUACUUAAGUACUUUACACCACUGCUUGCACUGCUGCUAGAGAACUACAGUCAUUGAGAUACAUUCAUUGGCUGUUAUUACGUGGCACUGUCCAUGGUGUUAGUCGUCAUGUUCAUUGCGAGAUGUGACAAUGUAGCGCUAAAUGUAAUGUUUAUUUUCAGCACUAUCAUCUCUUUACUGCUUUUAACUGGAACCUCGGCUCCAACAAACUCCAACACAGUAGAUGGCAGUGAUGCGCGAGCUAACUGUUGGGCUGUCCAAAGCAAUGCUGUAGCCACAAACUGAUGUUUGCGGAAGCGACAGCUGUUGGCUAGAUAGCUAACCAAGUAACAUUUUUAAUAGGCGAUACUCUUUGAAAAUGGCCCACAAAAGUGAAGAUUUAUUUGACUGUAUUCUCAUGGCGGACAACAGGUUCCAUGGAGAGGGGUACCGCGAGGGGUUCGAUGAAGGCACGCGACAAGGAAUGAUUGAUGGUCGUAAACAUGGAGCAUCACAUGGCGCCAAGCUUUCAAUGGAGGUUUCCUUCUAUUAUGGAUUUGGAAUCACUUGGAAAUGCCUUCUUCAAAACAACACAGAUGUGAAGGCCAGUUUGUCUAUUUUAUGUUUAAGAAAAAGGCUGAAAGCUUUGGAAUCUCUUCUUGGGUUGAUUCAAAAGUUCCCCCAUGAAGAACCUCAUUAUGAAAAUCUCCAGGAGGACAUGGAGAAGGUUCGGGCCAAGUUUAGACAGGUCUGCUCUAUUUUAAAUGUGCCAGCAGACUUCAGUGAUUAUGUGAAGACUGGAGGGUCUGGGGGGAUAUCCUUCUGAAGAGAACUGGCAACCCUAAAGGCGACGGCUUGUGGAUCUGAAGGGGGUUCCUUGAAUGCAACCUUUCCUGUGAAGCAUUGUGGCUUUGAAGACGAGAAGAUAGGAGAACAGUUGAGGAGGAGGAACCUGUAGGUGGGCCUGCUUUUAUGUAAACAGGAGGUCCUGAGUUGGUCUGUAGUGUAGUUAACUGACUUUUAACGGGUGGAGCAUAAAGUAUGCUAUCGAUUGGUACUAUGAAGAAUUGGUGUUUACGAAUGACAAAGGUUAGGAUAUCAAUUGAUUGGGCAUCAGUCUAGUUUAGAAAUAUGGAGUGCCACUGAGAACACAAAAGUGAACUGAAAGUGCUACAUAGGCCUAACUGGUGUUAUAUACACCAUAGUCCUGGAUGUUUAGUGCUUUGUCUGGGUGGUAAGAGAGAGCUGAGUUGCAUCAAUUAUUUUGUCAUUCUAAGGAUUCUAUAUAAAACAAGUGAAUUUUUGUUUUAAUCUACAGGAAUUAUGAUGUACACUCUUUGGAAAAAAGGUUCCAAAUGGAACCAAUAAGGGUUCUAUUGCUUGCUUCAUAUAUAUAACAUCCCUAAAUGUUCUAUACAGAUCCCAAAUUAACCUUUUUUUUCUAAUAGUGUAAGUCAAUUUUGAGUGACCUGGUUGAGAAUGAGUGCUGUGAGAUUGCUAAAAUUACUGGUUGAUGUGUAAUAAUAAUAAUAAUAUAAUAAUAAAAAUCUAUUUCUUUCAAA